CACCAUGUGCCCACUUGCAUCGUUAGAAAUGCAGAUUAGAGCUGAAAACUUGGUAUGAAUCUUGUUAAAUCUGUAUUUUGUGGGCCUGGUAUAGCACCUUUAGUUGUAAAAGCGUGCAGGGAUCAAAGUUGAGAAAACUGCAAAUGGAAACGAGCUUAAACUCUUACAGUCAUGUUGUAAUAGUCUUAGAUACAUGUAUAAUAAAUUUUACGCCGGUGGACAGGUUAGAAUAUGAGAUCUUCAGAAUUUGUAGAGAACUACUGGACAGAGGAGUAACCGUUGUUACAAUUUACAAUACUGAUGGACUUUUGAAUGCUUACUUCUCAGAAAGAUAUCGCAAAUGCAACAAAAAGCUCGUUGAAAGCCUCCAUUAUGGCGGGAAUGAAUUUGACAAAAGGUUUUACAUCAGGGAUUUCGUAGAAGGACUAAUACAAAAUAAGAAUAUUGAGGGUCCAUUGCAUCGCAAUACUGUUUCUGAUGAUAUAGGAGGAUCGUAUGUGUAUCAUCUUGAGAAAUCAGGGCAUGACAUUUUGAUAUCCUCUGACGUAAAGGAUGAGCAAAACAAGGGACUUUUACUGGUUAUAACGGACAAAACUCAUGCCCACAGGAAGAUUUUGAGUAAAAGUUUAUGUGAUCAUUUAAAUAAACGACAGAAAGUUGUAGAUGAAAACUCUGAAUGGAUUUGUGGAAAUGCAAAAUCCGGGUUAACUGUAGAAUAUAAAGUACCACCAGACUAUGAUGUCAUACAGCCAGUCAUAGCAAAUACUAUUUGCACAUUUGGUACAGUUAUAACUAGUAUGCCUGACUUGAUAAUUUCUCUCAGAAUGAACCUGAAGGAAUCCCUUGGAUAUUUGUUGCGCAACUAUAAAUGCAGUUUUUACGACCUCAGUAUGCUUAUUUCCGAAAUUAUGACGUGUAUUAGUGGUAUAUUUAGCUUAGAUAUGACUGUUGUACACCCAUUUGGAAAAGAAGGUAUUCAACCUUGGUUUUUAUCCGAGGCUGAAAUUCACGAGAGGUUCGGGCUUUCACUACAAAACGUUGUAGACUGUAUAGAAAUUUUUAAUAAAUCCAUCAGAAGAUGGGGAAAGUAG